GCUCCAGCUCCUCCUCCGCCGCCUCCUCCUCUUUCCGUGGCCGGGAGCCGGCGAGGGCGCACCGCCUUGGUGGCCGGCUGGCAUAUAUAUAGGGCUCUUGGUGGGGAACGGGGGGCACCCCCUCGACCCGGACGGGCGAUGAGGCUGAAGAGUAGACGUAUCCUUCACCAUUCCCCACGUGCUGUGGAAGACUUCAUGAUUUAGAGACACUGCCGAGCAAGUGGCAAACAUGAGAAUCAACCCUGUCAUCCAGGCGGCAAUUGACCUCACAGCAGGGGCUGUAGGGGGCACGGCCUGUGUCAUGACGGGCCAGCCAUUUGAUACUGCCAAGGUGAAAAUGCAGACCUUCCCCACCAUGUACCGGGGGCUGGCAGACUGUUUUGUGAAGACUUACCAGCAGGUGGGCUUUCGAGGCUUCUACAAGGGGACCAGCCCUGCACUUGUCGCUAACAUUGCUGAGAACGCGGUGCUCUUCAUGUGUUACGGCUUUUGCCAAAAUAUUGUGAGGAGGAUCCUGGGACUCGAUAAGAAUGCAAAGCUGAGUGACCUUCAGAAUGCUGCAGCAGGUUCUUUUGCAUCUGCCUUUGCUGCCUUGGUCCUCUGCCCCACGGAGCUGGUGAAAUGCCGUCUGCAGACCAUGCACGAAAUGCAGUUAUCUGGGAAGAUUGUGGAAGGACACAAUACAGUUUGGUCUGUCAUCAAAGAUGUUGUGCAGAGAGACGGGCCCCUUGGAUUCUACCGCGGUCUGUCCAGCACUUGGCUACGGGAAAUCCCAGGCUAUUUUUUGUUCUUUGGGGGCUAUGAGCUGAGUCGGACAUUUUUUGCCUUUGGAAGACCAAAAGAGGAAAUAGGUCCAGUUGCACUGAUGGUCAGUGGUGGUGUUGGUGGCAUCUGCUUAUGGGUCGCUGUUUAUCCAGUGGAUUGCAUCAAAUCUAGAAUCCAGGUUCUUUCCAUGGCAGGGAAACAGGCUGGUUUUAUGGGAACAUUUGCAAGUGUGUUCCAGAAAGAAGGUGUAUUUGCCUUGUAUUCUGGACUGAAACCUACCAUUAUUCGUGCUUUCCCAGCCAACGGUGCUUUGUUCCUUGCCUAUGAAUACAGCCGGAAAUUGAUGAUGAAUCAGUUUGAUACAUAAACCUUUUUAAGUGUGGACUGAAAUUGCCAGAUACAUCUAUAGUUCAGCACAGUGACUGCCCUGGUGAAAGAGUGACAAUUGUUAUGACACCAUUUAAGACAAACGGAAAGGAUUGUGGUUUGUCUUGUUUUUUGAUUUCAAUAAACCUGCUAUGUUUUUUAAA